CUUUGCAGGGGUUUCCUGUAGCUUCCUUUUGAUCCAAAAUGCUUCAAAAUUCACAGUUGGCUUUUUAAUUUACUUAUUUUUUUUCUUCUUGAAUUACGAUUUUAUUUUCUCCCUUGAUGCCGAGUGUUUGUUUGUUUCACAGCAAGGCCUGGAAGUUGUCGAGCCGCCGCCGCUGUUGGUGAGGGAUGUGUCUCUGAGAUAGGGACCAGGAGAGCCCAUCUGGUGCCACCUCUGGUAGCCUUGCCUUUGGCAUUCAGCUUUGUGUUACUCUUGCAGGAAAAAAAGUGAUGGUUUCUUGCUGGUCUCUCUUGGCAUUGGAAAUUCUGCUUCGAGAACUCCCACCGCUGGCCAGGACCUGGGGCAGCCCCGAGCUCCUGGUGAUUGCAGCCAGGAGGGAGAAUGGUCGUUAGCUGCCAAGGUCUGAUUGACUCCAGGGUUCCUACAGUGGCUUUUCUUCAGGCAUGGUGAGCGAACAGUGCUGAGUAAGGGAGAGACAAGGAAAGAAGCCUGCAUGAAGACUGAGCUGCUGAAGGAUAUCACCAACAACAAAGAGGAAGGUUUUAAUGCCAUGGCUGCAGAUGAAAGUGCUGCAGAAAAGCAAACGGGGGAACCAAAAGUGGCAGUAGAUGGUGAAACCAACGGUUCCUGUGAGCACAGCGAAGCUGGUAGCCACCCAAACCCAGCUAAAAACACUCAGGACAAUACGAAAGUGAGCCAGCAGGACUCUAGUACUAAAUUAAAUAGGAUAGCAGAAAAUGGCAUUUCUGAACGAGAUGGUGAGACUGGGAAGCAAAACCACAUGAAAGCAAAUGACUUCACACAGACUUCUGUCACGGGGAGCAAUGGAUAUAUUCUAACCAAGCAGAUGGCGCAGGAGCAACCUCUAAGGACUACCAGCACCUUUGCUUCUCUCGCUGGCCAUGCUGCAAAAACUCUUCCAGGAGGAGCAAGCAAAGGGAGAACUAUGGGCUCCUUUUCUCAGAUGCAAGCCACGAUGCCAGCCAAGCUCGGGGAGGGCAGUAAGGACAUGGAUGCUAAAAAAGCCACUGCUGCUAACGCUGAAGUCAAGGUCCACAGAGCACGGAAGACGAUGCCUAAACCCACCCCUAGCCUGGAUUUGCUUCCUGAAUUGGGAUCGAAGCUGAAUCUGAAACAGCAUGCAAGCAAAGACCCCAAAGAUGGGAGAGACAGCAGAGAUCAAAAAGAAUCCAAGGAGGAAGGCAACAAAAACAUCUUGGAGUUUGGGAAGCCGUUGCCGUUGCCCGCUCUCCCGGGCCUUCACCAGUCACUACCUCAGAACCAGAGCUAUGUGGCCACCACAAAGUCGCAGACAGCUGCUGCAGUAUCUCGGAAGAAAAAACGGAGAAUGGGAACCUAUAGCCUGGUUCCCAAGAAAAAGACCAAAGUGUUAAAACAGAGAACAAUGAUUGAGAUGUUUAAGAGCAUAACUCAUUCCUCUGCAGGUGCCAAGGUAACUCCCUGUUGCUGCUGCUUGAGGCUGAAUGGCAAAACAACUGGUGACUUGAAAAGGUUUAGACAGAGACUCCUGAUCAAAUUCUGCUUGUGCUGCAACCCAUACUCUGAAGCUUUGGUGUUUGAAUUGAAGGAGAACAGUGCUAGGCUUUCAUGGAAUGGAAGUGACAAGGACCUGGGUGAUGCCAGCCCUCACGUGAAUGGGGAGAGCAUGGAUGUAGACUCUGAAGAGGAAGACUCUGAUGAGUUGGAAGAGGAGGAUGACCACGGAGCAGAGCAGGCAGCUGUGUUUCCUGCAGAUGAUAACAGGACCUCUAAAGACAGUGCAUCUGAUGCAGACAACGCCAGAAAGAUUGAUGAUGGCGAGUCUGAGGAGGAACAAGAGUCUGGAGAGUCCAUGGAGGAUGAGGAAGAUGGGGAUGAGUCUGACUUGAGCUCAGAGUCCAGCAUCAAGAAGAAGCUGCUGAAGAGGAAAGGCAAGAUGGACAGUCCAUGGCUGAAACCCACCCGCAAGAGGAGACGGAGGAAUAAAAAGAAACAAGCUGGUGUGCUAGGUGCUGAAGCCUAUAAAUCAUCUUUGGCAGGCAGAGAGGGCCCCGGCCAGGAGAACAGCAUGGAGUACAUGGAGGUGUCCCUGGAUUCCCUGGACCUCCGGGUGAAGGGCAUCCUCUCCUCGCCGGCGGGAGGUCUUUCCAAUGGCCCUGAAGCAAUGGAAGUAGAUGGUCUUCAGGAAGUCCCCCUCUGUAGCUGUCGAAUGGAAACCCCCAAGAGCAGAGAGAUCACCACACUAGCCAACAACCAGUGCAUGGCCACGGAGAGUGUGGAUAACGAGCUGGGCCGAUGCACAAACAAUGUGGUUAAGUAUGAACUGAUGCGCCCGUCUAACAAAGUCCAGCUUUUGGUGCUGUGUGAGGACCAUAGAGGGAGGAUGGUGAAACACCAGUGUUGCCCUGGCUGUGGAUACUUUUGCACUGCAGGCACUUUCAUGGAGUGUCAGCCUGAGAGCAGCAUCUCCCACCGCUUCCACAAGAACUGUGCCUCCCAGGUCAACGACAUGAGCUACUGCCCACACUGUGGGGAAGAGGCCUCCAAGGCCAAGGAGGUGACAAUAGCAAAAGCUGACACAACCUCGACCGUGUCCCUGACCUACGAGCAGCAGAAACCAGCAGCUGUGGAGGGAAGGGCUGACACCACGACAGGGAGUGGCACUGGGACACGGUUGUCAGAGGAAGACAAGCCAGAAAGUUCUGCUGCUGAGGGCUUUGACAUGGCUGGGUCUUCAGUUUUUCCAAAGCCUACUACUAGCCUGUCCCAGGGAUCAGUUAAAGAAACUCUGGAAAGUGCCCUGAUUGCCCUGGACUCUGAAAAACCCAAGAAGUUACGGUUCCACCCAAAGCAGUUGUACUUCUCUGCGAGGCAAGGAGAGCUGCAGAAAGUCCUGCUUAUGUUGGUGGAUGGGAUUGACCCUAAUUUUAAAAUGGAGCAUCAGAAUAAGAGAACCCCCCUCCAUGCUGCUGCUGAGUCUGGCCACGUGGACAUCUGCCAUAUGCUGAUUCAGGCUGGUGCUAAUAUUGACACCUGCUCUGAAGACCAGAGGACCCCACUGAUGGAAGCAGCAGAAAACAACCAUCUGGAAACUGUGAAAUACCUUAUCAAGGCUGGAGCACUAGUAGAUCCUAAGGAUGUGGAGGGCUCCACGUGUCUGCACUUGGCUGCCAAGAAGGGGCACUACGACGUUGUCCAGUACCUGCUCUCCAAUGGGAAGAUGGAUGUCAACUGCCAGGACGAUGGAGGCUGGACGCCAAUGAUCUGGGCCACUGAGUACAAGCACGUCGAGCUGGUGAAGCUGCUGCUUGCAAAGGGGUCAGACAUCAACAUCCGUGACAAUGAGGAAAAUAUUUGCUUGCACUGGGCUGCUUUUUCUGGCUGUGUUGACAUAGCAGAGAUACUGCUGGCUGCUAAGUGUGAUCUACAUGCAGUGAAUAUUCACGGGGACUCCCCCCUGCACAUCGCAGCCCGAGAGAACCGCUACGAGUGUGUCGUUCUCUUUCUUUCCCGUGGCUCGGAUGUCACUUUAAAGAACAAGGAGGGUGAGACUCCACUCCAGUGCUCCAGCCUUAACUCUCCAGUCUGGGUGGCCCUACAGAUGAACAAGACUCUCAAAGAAUCAUCUACUGAAAAGCCUGUGCAGAUAGAUAAGGUUGUGAACAGAGACAUUGCCCGGGGUUACGAGCGGAUCCCGAUUCCCUGCAUCAACUCAGUGGACAAUGAGCCUUGUCCCAGCAACUACAAAUAUGUUUCACAGAACUGUGUCACCUCCCCCAUGGACAUUGACAGAAACAUCACUCAUCUACAGUAUUGUGUGUGUAUAGAUGACUGCUCCUCCAGCAACUGCAUGUGUGGCCAGCUCAGCAUGCGCUGCUGGUACGAUAAGGACGGCCGCCUCCUGCCCGAAUUCAACAUGGCUGAGCCACCCCUGAUCUUUGAGUGCAACCACGCGUGUUCCUGCUGGAGAACCUGUAGGAACCGGGUGGUGCAGAACGGACUCAGGACUCGAUUGCAGCUUUAUCGGACGCAGAAGAUGGGCUGGGGUGUGAGGACAAUGCAAGACAUUCCACUGGGAACCUUUGUGUGCGAGUACGUUGGGGAGCUGAUAUCCGACUCCGAGGCAGACGUCCGUGAAGACGACUCCUACCUCUUUGACCUUGACAACAAGGAGGGGGAGGCGUACUGCAUAGAUGCCCGUUUCUAUGGCAACAUCAGCCGCUUCAUCAACCACCUCUGUGAGCCAAACCUCAUCCCGGUGCGCGUCUUCAUGUCGCAUCAGGACCUUCGCUUCCCCAGGAUCGCCUUCUUCAGCACCAGGCAUAUAGAAGCUGGAGAGGAGAUCGGCUUUGACUACGGUGACAGGUUCUGGGACAUCAAAGGCAAAUUCUUCAGCUGUCAGUGUGGUUCACCCAAGUGCAAACACUCGAGCUCCGCGCUGGCCCAGCGGCAGGCGAGCACCUCGGCCCAGGACACGCAGGAGAACGGGCUCCCUGACACCAGCUCUGCCACAGCAACCAGCCACUUUUGAGGCUCAGCUCCCCAGAGACUCGACUCCUUGGAACCCCCAAUAGGUUCACAUACUGUCCCAAUUUCCAUUGAAAGAGAGAGAGGGGGGGGGAAAAAAAACAAACCCGACAAAAAAAGAAAAGAAAAAAAAAAAAGACAAAAAAGAAAGACCUACAAAAAAAAAAACCAAACAAACACCCCCACCCAAUCCUACCCCCCAAAAAAAAGAAAACCCCACAACAAAACAAACCAACCAACCCUCUCAAGGAAAGCCAAGGGUUUGUGACACUUAGGGCUGUGCCACCGACUGUUACUUGAGGAAUAAGUUCAAGGAAAUCCCACCUCCCAUGUGUUGUUCUCCCCUCCCUGGUACUGGGAAGCUGCUGGUUUCCAGUGCUGGAGGGGUGGCUGUUGGGUCCUUGGGGGAUUUUUUUGCCAUGUGAGCUGUUCCUGGCCCCCCUCUCUUAAUGUGCUGAGUGUUGUCAGAGCCCAGGGGGAGCCACCGUCCUCCCACUGCUGCUCACGGAAUGGAUGGUCAUGCCAAGUCAUCUCCAGUUCACUUUUAAUAAACUUUCAAUACUUGA